CUAUUUUGGCGCUCAAACUGACCCACUUCUAACAAUAAAUAAGCAUGUUCUCAAAAAACAUGGCACUAUGUUAUAAGAUAAUAUAUUAUCUAUGUUAUAAAAUAAUAUUUUAUCCCGCAUUUUAAUCUUGUGUGUUUUAUUAUUGGAAACGUUUUAAAAAAAAUUUUCAGUCCUAAACUUUUUCGUAGUAAAUCAUCGAAAUGUUUGACAUGAACUCCAAAGACGCUUUUUCUCCUGAAAGCGGUCAGAUUGAUCAAUUUCUUGAUAAUGGAUCUCUUGUAAGCCUAGAUAUAGCUAUUGAACCAGUAAAAAAAAAUCUUUGUGAACUGUGCAAUAAAUAUUUUUCUCGUUCAUCCAAUCUAAAGAGACACAUUAGAAUUGUUCAUUUCGGGGUUAAGAAGUUUGAAUGUCAUUUUCAUAAUAAAAAAUAUCCAAGAUCUAACUAUCUUAAAACUCAUAAAAUGUUUGAUUGUGCUGAAAACACAUUUCCCCUGAAAUCUGAAAGAAGAAGAUCUGGGUUAAGAUCUGGCAAUCGCUGUAGUUUAUUACAAAGCGAGAUCUUGGGUACUUGUACAAGCAAAACAAAUCUGCUUGACAAUGCUGGCAGUCAAACCUUAAUGAAUUUAAAUACAUCAAAGCCUCAGCUUGAAUCAUCUGAUAAAGAACAACCAAUAAAGAAUAAAUUAGGUGAUUUCAAACAGACAGAGAAUAUGUUGGGUAAUAAAGACAAUUCUGGAAUUAAAAGUUCUACACAAAACAAAGCAGUGAAAGUAUCUAAUGAUUCAUGUACCAGCAUUUGGUUUAUGAGUGGUUUUAAAAAUGGAAAAGCUGCUAAUGGCACAAAAGAAAUUAUGUGUAAAAUAUGCAAGAAGAUUUUUAAUCGAAAUGAAGAUUUUUUAAAUCACUUUCACACAACUGAGAAAGGUUCACAAUGUUAUGUGUGCAAAUUUUGUCAGAAAUCUUUUACCGAGUUAAACCAUUUGAAAAGUCAUGAAAAGAUACAUAUUGUAGAAGUUCACAAAUCUUUACCUCUCAACCAAACUAAUUUAAAGGAACAAAAAAGGCACAAAUGCGAAACUUGUGGGAAGACAUUUCCUCGGAUAGGUAAAUUAAAACUGCAUAUUGGUGGCCAUACUAAAGUAGUUAGAAAACAAUAUACUUGUAUUUUCUGUGAGAAAAAAUUCAACAUAAAAUUAUCAUUAGACAAGCAUUAUUUAACUCAUACUGGUGAAAAACCGCAUGUCUGUGAUGUAUGUGGUCAUAGUACAGCUUUUAGGUCUGAACUUACUCAGCAUAUGCGCAUUCAUACGGGUGAAAAACCAUAUAAAUGUAACGUUUGUGAUAAAUCCUUUCGUACUAAAUCUACUGUUAAGAAACAUUUGCGUACUCAUACUAAAGAGAAACCUUUUAUAUGUGAUAUAUGUAACAGAGCAUUUACUCGUAGAGGUUCUCUUAAUGAGCAUUAUUUAAUUCAUACUGGGGAACGACCUUGUGAAUGUAAAAUUUGUGGAAAGAUUUUUAAUUACAAUUACAACUUAAAGACCCAUUAUUUAACUCAUACCAAGGAGAAAAAAUAUUUUUGUGAAACAUGCAACAGAGGUUUUUCUGCAAAGUUCAAAUUAAGGGAACAUAUUUAUGACCAUACUGGCGAAAAGCCAUAUUUAUGUGACUAUGGCGGCUGUGGAAAAACUUUUAAAACAAAUUUUCUUCGAUACAGACAUUCAUUUAUUCAUACUGGGCUUCAACCACAUAUCUGUGCUAUUUGUAAAAGAGGUUUUAAUCAAAAAUGUUCAUUAAUUCGUCAUUAUGUUGUUCAUACUAAAGAAAAGCCCUAUUCCUGUGACGUAUGUAAUCAAGCGUUUACUCAAAAGUCUUAUCUUUCAUCUCAUAGGCGUAAAAAGCAUAUUUAAAGAAUUAUUAAUUGCAUAUAUCUGUGAAAGCAGACACAAUGAAGCACUAAUGUUUUUUUUUUUUUUAUAUCAAGCACCCAAUAAAAAUUAUGAUUGCAAUUUUUUACAUUUGUUGUAGUCAUGUACA